AUGGACGAGGGCAAUGGCGAGUGUGAUCACUCAGCCUUCGUUACACUCGUGGGUGCGUAUUGGUAUCAGAACCAGAUGACGGUUGAUGAUGAGGAGAUGGAGCAAUACAGUGCUGUUCACGAGGCGGAGGCUUAUAAUGCAGUCAAUGGUUGUACUGAGUGGGACGUGGGAUGUACGAGAGUGCAUAACAAGGUCCAUUUAAGAGGGUAUGUGAUGAUAAACGAUAUGCUCGACUGGCAAUUGCAUUAUCGUCGUGUCCCUGAGAUGGGACUAUUUUACUAG